AUGCCACUUGGCGGCGAUGCCAUUAAGACAGCAACCGAUAAAUUUGCACAGAAGAUGAACAUUCCAGAUUUUCGAGCAAGUGAAGGAUGGUUGCAAAGGUUUAAGAAUAGGCAUAAUAUUAAGAACAGGAAAGUUUGUGGAGAAUCACUAAGUGCAGAUACGGAUUCUGUCGAGCCAUUUAAGCGUAAAUUAAAUGAUUACAUAAUAACAAAUGAUCCAAGGCGUUUUCAGGUAUACAAUGCCGAUGAAACAGGCUUUAAUUGGACAUGCUUGCAGAACAACACUUUGGCAUCUAGGCUAGAUGAAUGUGUUCCUGGCCGUAAGGUAAACAAAGAAAAAGUUUCUUCCAUACUGUGUGCACAUACAGACGGAAGUCACAGAACAAAGUCUGCUAUUGUAGGGAAGUUAAAAAACCCAUGUGCUUUGAAAAAUUUAAUGAACAAGCUACAUGUGGUCUACCACAACUCUAAAACAGCUUGGUUUACUGGAGAUAUUUUUGUAGACUGGUUCAAAAAUCAUUUUGCAAAGAAGUAA